GUUUACAUACAGUAGUUCAUGUUCUGCAAUUUUAGUUUUUGACAGCCCGGGUAAUUAGCAUGUCUGCGCGAAUUUGAGGAAUAAUGCCUUAUUAUUUUUACACACAUCCACGGAAUGAUAAUAUCCUGCGCUGCUUCGUGUGGAUGGUAUUAGUCUUGAAGUCGUCACUCCCCGGUAUCGGUGAAUAUUAUGAGGCAGUUCGGAGGGAGAGCGAGGUGGCAGGAUAUUAUGGACAUAAAUAACAUCAAUGAAAAUGCCUGGCAUGAUAAACAGGGCAUCACUCUCCGCAAACACCGACCUUAAUGGGACAUAAUGGCAUAAGUGUUAUUAAUUUGUGAGUACGUUCCUCGUGUGUAAUGAGACACAAUGGGGGAAAAAAGCACUUCUUUAGGGGCGGUAAAGACGCGUCCUCCGGAGGAUGAAGUAUAGAUGGUGGGGAAAAAAAAAACAGAAAAAAGUCGACUGCAGACUUUCAGUUGUGAUUUGGUAGCACCUGCAUGUAAUCGUUUCUGCCCCGAGGCAAACAUAACUUCGGGCUGCCUCUUCGGACGCGCACAAACUUGAAAACGCCUGUAACCUUCACCACCAUUUCAGGUAACGGGACUGAGGCUCCCAAGGCCGGCCCAAUAACAGAAAAGACGGAGACUCCGCAGGCUUCAGCAGGGUACCUCCUUUCGGCGUGUCAUGGCUGCAGGUUACUAGGAGACGGGGCGAAUUAACAACAAAAGCUCCGAAUCGUGCAAGAGAGUCCGUGUGGUGUCUGUGUUAAGUGACGGGCAGCCACCCUGCAGAAAAGCGGUCGUGUGGAGACGUGCCUGAAAUAACCCUGAGUGUCUGAAGACCCAGAUACCAGAGCACGACUUCGGGAAGCCGCGGUGUCCCUGAGCCCGUGAGAAAUAAGACAAGUGACCCUAAGAAAAGGCCCAGCGGCUCAUUUAAAAUGGGGGCAUUCCUCCUCUCCCUCCUCUUAGAAGAAUGGAGUCCGGGACUUCGGAAGCCUCGAUGCCAGAUGUGAAAACCACACCAUGUGACUACUCAGCAGCAGGGUCUCCUGCUGGCUGCAGUAUUGCUUUGGAAAGAUGCUUGAGUGACCUGCCAGCAUCCCUCUCCUUCCUUGGAAAUCCUUUGUCUGACUUUCCACUUCAAAAUACCAUGACCUAUGCUAGCCUCCAGGAUGGGCAAGGGCAAUGCCAGGUCAUGCCGGGGUGCCAUAACAAUGCUUUUCUGAACAACCUUGGUCUGAGGUAUUGCUCCACCAACAGCAUGCACCCACUAAAGCACCCAGACUCCCAGCUGGUGCAUCAGGACGGAUGUGCCAUGCAGUCAGAACCAUAUCCAGCUGGCCCUGGUGUUUGUGUCAACAGCACCAGCAGCAGGCUAUACAGAAGCAUGGAGAACUUGCAUUGGACAGCGGUUUCAGAUUCCAGCUUGUAUUCUUUUAGCCCCCCUUACAAAAGUGUGGACAGUGAGUUCAUUUUCCGUUGCACAGCCACAAGUCAUUGGUACAACAAUGCCGCUGAAGGAUCUCCAAUGUAUGAUCUGCUGCCUGCUUCAGAAAACAUCCCUUUCCAUCCCCGGAGAGUGCCGGUUAGGAAGGACCUUCCCCUUUUCACCAAAGUUCCCCAGUGGCUUUUCCCCGUUAUGGACGAAAGGAUCAUGAAUGGAGAUGCCAAAAGAGGUUUGAAAGAAAAGCUACGGCUUCAGAGCGCAAGGGCCGCAGAAUAUAAUAAACCAGUGCGUCCCCAAGUUGCUUUGUGUGACAUAGUGGCAAAGGACUGUCGAGAAAUCGGGUUGACUCCCAGAGACUGUAAGAGUGUUGGUUCCCUAAGCUGCUGUGAGGCAUUUGGUCAGUGCACUGCUUUGAACCACAAUGUCCCGCUAAACAGAGACAGAUCAUCAUUCUCCCAUCGAAUAACCAGCCCAGAGGAGAUCAAGCAGGAAGUCAUGAGAAGGCUGCAGCUCAGGAGACAGAACAGCACGCCCAAUCUCAAUGUUCAGCCUCCAGAAGAACGCAAUGAGGUGGUGAAAUCCCACACUGCAGAAUCCAUAACGCAGAACAGUGGCAGAAGUGAAAAUAGCUCCUCGUCGGAGUUAGUAGUGGACCGAAAGAGAUACCCCAAGGGGAGGCUGCACAUCCCUACCUUUGAGGAAUUCAAGAUGAUGAGGAAAAAGGAGAGCAGCGAACUUGCCGACAAGACGGUUCAAAGGCAAGCCGAGUGCUCUUCAGCAGGGGAGUCGCCCGACUACAAACUGAGCAGGGAUCACACCUCUGAGAAGCACUGUCAGACGCUCCCCCAGACCUCCGCAGAGCAGGGUUGCACCUCAGAAAAGAAGGAAUGUCAAAGCACGCCGUGUGAAGCUGGGACUUCUGUGGAGCAGCUCAAGUGUCGAGAAAUGACUUCCACACCCCAUGACAGGGUCUUAGGCCUUGAUGCAAGCUCAGAGGCGAAUAGUUGUCAAACGGAAACUGGACAGGGCAGGACCGCUCCAAUAUGUACAAGUCCGAUACCUAGGUCACCUCCCCAAGCUCUGCCCGUGUCCCAAGGGGGAGGGGUCAAUCACAGUCGAACCCAAACGCAGAACGUCAAGGACGGCACCUUUCCAGAGCGCCCGGAGAGCUCCGAGGCCCAGUCCACGUGCUGCACAUCGCUGCUGCUCGACAGCACGGAUCUCUCCAACUACGGGGCGAAAAUCUCGAAAAUGAAAGAUGGCUUUAUUGGCUCAGCUCUUGACCUGAUAAAGAAGAGCUGCAGUGCAGAAAUCGCUGCCGAGUCGCCAGUCAUGAUCUCACGUGACGUUGAUAAAGCUGACAUCACUGUUCCGGAGGAAGGCAAUCAAUCCAUUGUGGUUUCCAUGACGAUGCCGGCCUGCAGCACGGAGACUAAUAACCAGCCUGCUGGAGCACAACCUGCAGAAUGUCAGUCCAGUCCUGGCUGCCGAAGGUCCAGCUCAGACGCCGCCUACGCCACGGCCGAGCCUGUGAGGGCUCAGCGGGAGUGCCGGCUCCGGCCUCACUUCAGCGACCCCAUGCCUGCCGACGCCACCAAGAGGAAGCAGCUGGAAAUGAAGAUUGCGGCCGUGGUGCGACUUCACAGUCAGCGCCGGACCCAAGACAAGGACCCCAGCCCCGCGGAGUCCGGCGCAGGCGGCGGCGGCUCCGAGUGGCGGGCCGGGCCCGGCCGGGGGGCCCAGCAGCGCUGGAGCGGCGCCAGCGACGCCAGCUCCGACAGCGGCGUGGUGGGUCUGAGCGCCGACCGCGACGAGGACGAGGAGGACCCCCGGGGGGGCGCGCGGGUGGAGAGGGCAGACAGCGGCUAUGGGCCCGCCUUGGCAAAGAGCUGGAAACCCGCCCCGGCCUGCAGCAGGGCCUGGGACUCGCACAGGCCCUGCCCCGACUGCGGACACAGGAGCGCCACCUGGGAGCCCCAGGCAGGCAGGAAGGACAGCCUGUGCGACAGGUGCUUGAAGCUCAGGACAGAACGCAAAGAGGCCAUCCUGGAAUUCCUCAACACCGAGUGCAGCUACAGGGAGGACCUCCGGAUCAUCAAGGAGGAAUUCUACUGCCCCAUGCAGACAGCGGGGCUCCUCACAGCCGAGCAGCUGGCUGUGGUUUUCAGCAACGUCCAGGAGCUGAUUGAUCUCAAUGAGAAGUUCACAGAGCACCUGCAGGACAGCAUAGACCAGGCCUUCGAUCAGGGUGACGAAGACCUCCUGACGGUGUGCAUUGGGGAGAUCUUUCUCGACUUUGUCAAUAUGCUUCCAGCUUUUCAGACUUACUGUCUCCAGCAGUCUACAUCUGUUAACAUGCUCAAUUCCCUGGAGAAGGAAAAAGAGCUACUCAGGAUCUUUCUCGACGUCUCCCAGAACGACAACACCGCCCUGCGUCGCAUGAACCUGCGGUCGUUCCUGAUGGCGCCGCUGCAGAGAGUGACAAAGUACCCCCUGCUGCUGAGCCGCAUCAGCAAGGCCACUCACGCCUACCACCCUGACCACAGCAGCCUGAGGGAGGCCAAGAGCCGCGUGGAGUCCCACCUGGAGCACAUCAACAUGAAGACCAAGCAGGAGGGCGCCCCCUGGUCCCUGCGCUCCUUCCGCCGCGACAGCCGCCGGAACCGGGAGCUGAUCGACAUCGAGAUGCGGGAGAUGUCCAUGAAGACGGUGGGCUGGCCCCGCGAGGACACCCGCUUCGUCAUGGAGGGGCAGCUGCAGCUGUCGCAGCCCUCCGACGGCCAGUGGGCGAAGAAGGGGAGCAGGGCGCUCAAGUUCCAGAGCGUGCACGGCCUGCUGAUGGUCAGCCUGAAGAGGGCGGCGGAGGGCGGCCCGGAGGGGGCGGCGGGCGGCGCGGACGAGGCGCAGGACCCCGUGCGGGACGGCGUGCUGGUGCUCAUCAAGGACCGGAGCAGCGGCAGGCUCUCCGUGCUCCGGGAGCCCAUCCGCCUCGGCAACUGCGUGGUGUCCUCUGACCCGGACCGCGCCGACACCUUCGAGCUGCUGGACAUCCGCCGGGAGGCCUUCGUGUUCCGCGCGGCCGAGAAAUCUCGGACGCACCAGUGGUUCCGCACGAUCAAGAGGUACUCCCGGGAGCUGGGGCUGUGGAGGAAGCGGCGCAACGCGUUGCCGAAUAUCAUGAUCAGCACAGUUCAGAACCGCACCUGACGCCGGGCACAGGAGUCGAGCACAAGCCCUGGCUGGGCGAUGGUGGAACUAGAAAACCUUUAUCCUAAGAUUAACACACUUACCACUUUGCACCUUUAAGGGAGACCUGCAAUCUCAAACUAAACGGACCUGACUAGAAAGAUUAUUUUUGUUCGGCCUUGGGAGAAAGCAGAUCAGUUGAGCACUUUGGAGAGCGCCGUUUGGUAUCAAAUACAAACACAAGAAACAAGGCAAUACAGGUCACAGGAUGUGAUCGGCAGUCCUUGCUGGCUGGAAAGAAUGUUUCAGUACCGAUGGCAAAAAAACCCUCCAUAAUAAUUAAAAGAAACUGACAUGACGCGUGUCCGUGUUAAUAAAGCAAGCAUGAUUGAAAACUACUGCAAAAAAUAAAUUGUGAGAGUUCAAAUUGUUUGUUAAAAUGCA